CAUCGCGCCCCCUUUCAUCGGAGAUGUGACUGGGAACCAGAUACUUUUCAGCCCGUCCCGUGGUGAGUGGAGGUGCGGGCAGUGCAACACCGUUACAAAGUCCGGCGAUGGCUUGCACAGCCUUCAUUUGGUGAAGAAGUACCAUGUUUGCAAUCUCUCGGACAUCCAGCGUUGGGCUGCUCGGAGGCUGUUCAAUAAAUGCCCCGAUUCUGUGCCCCAGACGUCCGAGGGAGUCGAAGCCGCCCUCUCGGCCGCCUCCAGGCUGCUCGAUGGCCCCCCGCCCCCUGACCCUGCCCUGGUCCCUGGGCGGUCGUGGGGGGCUGGCGCGGAGAGCUCUGGAGAACGUGGCCGUGCCGAUUGGGACAGGCUGGGCAUGCGCAGAAGCAUGUGUGCACCACCGCAGUGCCUGGCACCACCGCAGUGCCUGGCCCUGGCCGGGCACGGUGGCGGUGCACGGACGGCGUCUGCG